GCACAUACCCAAGGAGCGUGUUAGCAUUUUGGCAUUUAAAAAAACUUAAAACGGUUGGCAAAGUCAAAACCCGCUCUCGCUCACGAGUAACUGUAAAACAACCGACAUGGCCGAGUUCCAGUCCGAGUCAACGAGUUCUCUUGAUCCGAUUUUGGAUCUUCUCCUCUCAGUCGGUUAUGCCGACGCCCGAAAAACCGAUAUCUCGGCCUCCAAAAGGCUCUCCGGCGGCCUCGCCUGGUGCGUGGCCGCCGUCAACUCCGAUGGUCCCCGGUUCGACGAAGUUCCCGACGACGAAACCCUAACACAACAGGAGGAAAUUGAAAUUGGGAAGCAGGGGAUUGAGGAAUCUUUGAGAUCGAUGGGAUGCCCACACUCUCUUGAAGCUUAUCAAAUUGAAACCCUAGACUGCAAUGCCAUUUUCCCUGUUGUACAAUGGCUUGUUUAUCGGAUUCGUCUCAGCCUCAGUGAUGAUGAGAAUCAACAAGAGCUCAACGUUAUGAACCAACUCAAACUUUUACGAGAAAGAAUAGAUAAGGAGGGUGCUAGUAUUGCCGUGCAGAAAUUGAUAUCACUCAUGGAGUCAUUAAAGGUGUGCCGUCUUUCUGUUCAGUUUGUUCAGCAUCUGGAAAGGCAAGAAUCUGAAUUCCAGCUUAAUUGUAAUGUAACACGGUUGGAGCUGCAAGCUGAGGUUAUUGAAUUGGAGGGAAGAAUAGCAAGUGGCUGUGAUAGCAAGAGUCUCUCUCAUAGUCUAAAUCAGUCUUUUAUUGAACCACUGGAGAAACUGAAUUCAGCAAAAAGGGAACUUGCAGCUAGAUAUAGGGCAAUUGUGGCAGUAAAACGGCAACUUGAUGAUGUGCCAUCCCAAUCAGAACUCAUCCAGUAUGAACGUCGAUUUUCUGAACUGUAUGUCCAUAUCCAGGAAAAACUUCGACAAACUCGUAAAUGUUAUGGUACCUAUAAUGCUCUUUUGGAGAUAAAGGAACUGAUGCUAAAAGAAACAUCCUUGUUGAAUUCAAUAAGUUCACAGUUCCAAGAUGCCAUUACUAGCACUGCCGGUCGCAUGAAACUGAUUGAUUCCAUGGAGGGAAUUGUGAAGAGCAGUCAGCAGAAACUAGACAAGGUGCAACUUGGGCUUCUGGAGGAGCAGAAGGUUUGUGAUGCUCUCAAACAGAGAUAUGCUGUAGCAGUUGCAGAGCAAAGACACUGCUACAGUCUCUUAAAAGCUUUUCAGGAGGAAUGUGCAUUGAAUGAGAAACUUCGGUGCCAAACUUCUGUAUAGAAACGUUACUGUCAGGGGUCCGUGUGCUUUUAACUUGAGUGCUUUACCUGUUGGAGCAAGAAAGAAAAGAGAGCAACUGAUAAGUAUUGGGAAGCACUCGAAAUUUGGGGCCGUUUGAUAACGUUGUUCUAGUAACGUUAUUUGUAUUUUUUGAAAUAUAUGUGAUUAAAAAAGUAUGUGAAAAUACGUGUAAUAUUGUUUAAAAACUGAAGAGUGUUGCUUAAAAUAACAUACCAAACGAUCCCAAAAUCAUUUUUAUUUGGGUUUUUAAAUGUU